CAGGGACCGGGCAGGGCGGCGUUGCCCCUUUAAGAAGCGUUGCCCCUUUAAGAAGCCUUGCCCGUAAGGGGCGUGCCGCUAUCCAAUUACGGGGCGUGGCUAUGCAGAUUUAAAGGGUGUCGCCAACAAUUUAAGGGGCGUGGUUACAGCCAUUUAAGGACAGGCUCGUGCCGGUAAGGGGGCGUGGCCGUUGCCUUUUAAGGAGCGCGCCUGGCUCCCCUCUCGCAUGCUGCCCCACCCCGGACGUGGGCGUGGCCAGCGCGGCGGCGGGCGGAAAGCGGAAGUGCGGCCGUGAGGGGAGCCGGGGGGGGGCGGCGGCGCGACCCCCCCGCCCCCCCCGCCGGUACCGGACCCCCGGAACCGCUCCCGAGCCGCUCCCGAACCGACCCGGAACCGCUCCCGAACCCCCCGGUACCGGCGCGGCAUGGCCGUGACCUGACCCCGGGGCGAUGCAGCGGCCCCGGUACCGGGGGGCGGCCCCCGGGGGCGGCGGGAGCUGCGGCCCCCCCCGCGCGGCCCCCGGAGCCACCGGAGCCACCGGAGCCACGGCCGGGACCGGCGACAGCGAGAGCCGAGAGCGCCACGCUCCUGUCCCCAACCGCGGUGGCGUCCCCGAGCCCGGGAGUGUCCCCAAUCCUGGGAGUGUCCCCAACCCUGAGGGUGUCACCAGUCCCUGUGGUGUCCCCGGUCCUCGGGGUGUCCCCAGCCCUGGGGAUGUCCCCAGCCCUGAGGGUGUCCCCAACCCCAGGAGUGUCCCCAACCCUGGGGAUGUCCCCAACCCUGGUGGUGUCCCUACCUCUGACGGUGUCCCCAGCCCCAGCAGUGUCCCCAACCCCGGGCACGUCCCCAACGCUGGGGAUGUCCCCUGCCCCGGAGGUGUCCCCACUUCUGAGGAUGUCCCCAGCCCCGGGGGUGUCCCCACUUCUGAGGAUGUCCCCAGCCCUGGCAGUGUCCCCAGCCCCGGGGGUCGCUGCGGCUGCCGGGGCCCCCCGGCCGCUCCCCCGAGCCCCUCCCGGGACCUCCCGUGCGGGCUCGGCUGCCGCCACCGGGGACCCCCGCGGGACAGCGGCGACCCCCGCGGGGCACGACGGCCACCGCCACAACGCCGCCCCGAGCCCGAGGAGCAGCUCGGUGACACCGGCAGGGGACAGCGCGGGACCCUGCGGCUGGCCCGGGCCGGGCUGGCGCUGUGCCUGCGCCUGCUGGGCGCUCUCCUGGCGCUGCUCUUCCUCCUCCUCCUCCUCCUCCUCGGGGCGCUGCGCUCCGUCCUCCGCGGCGCCUCCGCGGGGCUCCGCCGCUCCCGGGAGCUGCUGGGCGAGCGGCUGCGGCGGCGGGCCGGCCAGCGAGGGGGUGGCGGCGGUGACGAGGAGGUGACACGCUUGGUGGCCAUGGCCGGGGUGGCCGAGGAGGAGCUGGACCCGUUCCGGGUGCUCGCGGUGGAGCCCACGGCCAGCGACGCCGAGCUGCGGCGGGCCUACCGGAGGCUGGCGGUGCUGGUGCACCCCGACAAGAGCCGCGACCCCCGGGCGGAGGCGGCGUUCAAGGUGCUGCGGGCGGGCUGGGAGCGGGUGAGCAGCCCCGAGAGGCGGCGCGAGUACCAGGCGAAGCAGCUGGCGCAGGGGGAGCUGGCGCGGGCGCUGGGCGCGUUCCUGGGCCGGCUGCAGGAGGAGCUCAGGGACGCCAUGGACGCCAUGGGCUGCACGCGCUGCGGGGGACGCCACAGGCGGUUCCAGCUGGACAGGGACCCCCGCGGGGGCCGGUACUGUGCCCCGUGCGGCGGGUGGCACGCGGCCGAAGAGGGUGACCUGUGGGCAGAGUCCAGCCUGCUGGGCCUCAAGGUCACCUACCUGGCCCGCAUGGACGGCCACAUCUACGACGUCACCGAGUGGGCGGGCUGCCAGCGCGUGGCCAUCUCCCCGGACAGCCACCGUGUCCCCUACCACCUGUCCUUCGGCGCCAGGACAGCCACGCCCGCCGGACGCCAGCGGGCCCCCCCCAAGGGCAGCCCCCCGUCCCCCGCUGACCUCCAGGAUUUCCUGGCCCGCGUUUUCCGGGGGGAGCCGGGCCCGGGCGAGGCCGGGGGGGCUUUCCCCGCCCCCCCCGGGGCUGCGGGACCCCCCCAGGGACCCCCCCAGGCCCAGGGGGGCCCCCCCAGGGGGGACACCAAGCACAAGAGGAGGAAGAAGGGGCGGCGGCCGCUGCCGCGCUGAGGAGACCCCCGACCCCCACCCCAAAAAACAAAAAAAAGGGCUUUGAAUAAAAAAAUCUAUUUUUUUUCUUUUUAUUUGGGUUUUUUAAAGAAAA